UUACAAAAUUGUGUUGUGUCAGCGUUUAUAACAGCUGCAAAAUGGUAGCCGGAAUAGUUCCUUUCAAAAAUUACACGACAAAACUGACCGAAAAAUCUAUUGACAAGUUCUUCUAACCCCGUGGUGGAACUUUAGGCCGAGCAAACACACAAUGUCAAAGGUUACAUUUAAAAUUACGCUAACUUCAGAUCCCAAGCUUCCAUUUAAAGUUCUUAGUGUUCCAGAAAAUACUCCUUUUACAGCCGUUUUAAAAUUUGCAGCAGAAGAGUUUAAAGUACCUCCAGCAACUAGUGCGAUUAUCACUAACGAUGGGAUUGGGAUCAACCCUUCGCAGAGUGCAGGAAAUGUAUUUUUAAAGCACGGACAAGAAUUACGAUUAAUACCUCGUGAUAGGGUUGGGUCUUCUUAAAAUUAAUGUCAAUUUUAAAUUAGAAUAUAUUUAUUUAUUUUGACAAA